AUGUACUACGGCGGAAAGACUUAUCUGGCGUACAGUGCGAGCGACUGCUGGACCGCCGGCUACCAGCUCGGGCUCUUGACCUGGAAUGGCGGUGACCCGACUCAAGCCUCAAGCUGGGCAAAGACCGGGCCAUUUUUAACCUCUACAAACGGAAAUUACGGCGCAGGUCAUAAUGGAUCUUCCAAAGCCCAGAUGGGACAAAGAUCUGGAACGUAUACCAUGCCGAUGCCAACAGUGCUGGAGCUUGUGAUAGAACAAGAUAUACAAUAG